UCCUCGGCCGCGGUCCAUGGACCGGAACCGUGGGGAGACGGGCAGGAACCCGCGCCGCGAUCGCCGCCUCCUAGUCCUAGGCCCCUCCUCCCGCCGCCGCCUCCUCAGCCUCCUCCCGCUCGUCCUCUUCCUCCUCCCUCCCCCGCGUCCUCCCGGAGCCCAAAGGUCGCUCCGAGCCGCUGCCGAGCCGCCCGGGGAGGCGGUGAGGAGAGCUCGCCGCGGCUGGAGCCCGGCUGAGGCCUAGUUCGCCCGCCCACCGCCGCCGCUAUUGUCUCUCUCUGGGGCCCGGCGCUCGCCGCUGCAGCCUACGCCGCCGCCGCCGCCUCGUCUCGGCUCGGCUCCGCGGGGAGGGCCUCGAGAAGAUGCCCGACCAAGCCCUGCAGCAGAUGCUGGACAGAAGUUGCUGGGUAUGUUUUGCUACUGAUGAAGAUGAUCGAACAGCUGAGUGGGUGAGACCAUGCAGAUGCAGAGGAUCUACAAAAUGGGUUCACCAAGCUUGUCUGCAACGCUGGGUAGAUGAAAAACAAAGAGGAAAUAGUACAGCACGAGUGGCAUGUCCUCAGUGCAAUGCAGAAUACUUAAUAGUAUUUCCAAAGUUGGGUCCAGUUGUUUACGUCUUGGAUCUUGCAGAUAGACUGAUCUCAAAAGCCUGUCCAUUUGCUGCAGCAGGAAUAAUGGUUGGCUCUAUCUAUUGGACUGCUGUGACUUAUGGAGCUGUGACAGUGAUGCAGGUGGUAGGCCAUAAAGAAGGUUUGGAUGUUAUGGAAAGAGCUGAUCCUUUAUUCCUUUUAAUUGGACUUCCCACUAUUCCUGUUAUGCUGAUAUUAGGCAAGAUGAUUCGCUGGGAAGAUUACGUUCUUAGAUUGUGGCGCAAAUACUCUAAUAAACUACAGAUUUUGAACAGUAUAUUUCCAGGGAUUGGAUGUCCUGUUCCUCGUAUUCCAGCUGAGGCAAAUCCUUUGGCAGAUCAUGUCUCUGCUACUCGAAUUUUGUGUGGAGCUCUUGUCUUUCCCACUAUUGCUACGAUAGUUGGAAAACUGAUGUUCAGUAGUGUUAAUUCUAACCUACAAAGGACAAUCUUGGGUGGAAUUGCUUUUGUUGCCAUAAAAGGAGCAUUUAAGGUUUACUUCAAACAGCAACAAUAUUUGCGUCAAGCACACCGCAAAAUUCUUAAUUAUCCAGAGCAAGAAGAAGCAUAAGGGUGUGACGUGCCAUUGUUCGACCGCCUCAUCUGAGAGUCUGUUGUGGUGUUCUGAUACCAUCAUUAUUGCACAGUAGUGGAGACUUGUGAUAAGCUGCUGCUCCUAUAUUUUUAAGACAUAUAAUAAAGCACUUAUGGCAGGGGAAAUGCUCUCAGUAAUCACGGAACCUAAGAAUGUGAUUUGUUUUCAUUGUUUUAUAUGUACUUCCUUUAUGGCAGUCAUCUGAACCAUUUUCUUCGCAUGAUAAAUACUGGGUUUUAUUUGUGUUUUCCCCGGACAGAAGUGUAAAGUUCAAAUUGUACAGUUAAUUAAAGAGGGCACGGGCUAUUGUAUACAAAUGCCUCUUUUGUACAUUUGUAUGUUCACUCUUUUCUUACACAGGAUCAUCAACUCAACAACAAGGAUACCACAGGAGGAUUUCUUAUUUCAGUAAAUGAUAUAACUGCAAAACAAGAGCAUGUGUUAAUAUGGAGAAAACAGAAACGUUAAUAUGGAGGGAAUAGAAAUUCACUUUGAGUCAUGAAAUAGAUAAGAAACCAAAAAUUUAUGAAGCUACUCAAUUGCUUAUCUGAACAACCUAGAUUCUGUUGGGUAUUUUUCAAACAAUAUAAUAUCCUCUAAAAUAUACAAAAAUUUACAGAGCUUCCAGUUCAUUUUAUUGCUACUAAAUCUAUGUGAUGUUGGCAUCUUAUAGUUCAUUAUAUAGUUCUGACUGUUCAACAAUCUAAAUUACAUUAUAUCAUCAGCUCCUUGUAACAUUGAGAUCUUCAAUAGAUUCUAGAAAUUGUAAUGUAUUGGAGCUACAAGUCUCCAUGUCAUUUGAUCACAGAGAAGCAACUGCCAAGUUACACUUUUCCUUUCCUCUCCACCAAGAAGUAAUGAGAGUGGUUUGGAGAUGAGCAGGGAAUCAUUCUCAGGAGAGGCUUGGUGCCAGCUAUCUUUGGGUCAGCAGUGAGAAGAUGGGCAUUAAAAAUGGGACUGCCAAGCAUCGAUGCUGAGUCUCCAGGACACAUUAAGAUCCCUGCUUUGGACACAAACUGAUGGAUUGUGGAAGACAAAGGGUGAUAGUUUUCAAGUUUAGUCACUAGUCAUUUUAUGAUGGAGGCUAACCCUUGGAUGAUCAUUUCUUUAUUUUGUUGGUUGACAUAACCAUUUUCCAAAGAAAAUUGUUUAUUCUGAGCCUCUUUCAAGCAGCAAGAGUGGCUCUUACAUCAUACAGCCAUUCAAAAUGGAUUUUUGUUGUUUUCACUGAAUAAAAUUAAAUGCUUUAAAAACCAUCCUUUAAAAACUUUUUUUUUUGUAUUUUCUUGUUCACAGUAGCAUCUAAUGCAUGAAAAACAGUCAGUAUUUUCUCUUCAGAGAUUGGCUAUAGUGUGAUUGGAAUAAUGUAUGUUAAUUUUAGUAAUUAAAAGACUGGUACCUUUUCUAUAGUAUGAAUAUAAUAAAUAUUGAGGUAACAUUAAAAUGUAUAAAAAUGGUGUGUUUGUAUAUGAUGGCCAUUCCAUAUUCAAAAGCUGUAGUUACCAAGGGAAGAAAAUAAGGAAAUUGAAUUCAGAAAUUCAGAAAUUGCACUUUUUCUGAAGGAGACACAUAAAAUUUCUGACUGGGAAAUCAUUUAGAUUAUACAACUGCAUCUUUUGACAUAUACUAACUUUUAAUUUUCAACAAGAGAAAAAGUAAUAGAAAAUGUUCAUAAAGAACAGCUUUUCAGUGGCCUUUAAAGAUAAAAAAGAAUGAAAGCACCCAUUUACUCUUAAUACCUAUGGUGGUUCCUGGCUGCUCUUGGUAAUAGUGAUUGGGGCACCUUCUGAGUGUCAGGGGAGAGUCAGCCCUGAGAACUCAACAUCAGAGUAAGUGGUUGGAGGGAGAACAGCGGUGAGAUCUGGGGAUUGUCCCUCCAUCUCCAUCUCUAGCAUGGGCCUUAGAACAAGAAGGAGCAAUAAGACACAUGUACUUUAGUAAUGGGUAGUCAUUAGAGAAACGUGGCAAUUAUCCACCUAAGGGAACAGUGACACUUCACAAUUUCAGUAUCUCUUCUGUGCCAUAAUGGUGUUUUCUGAGUAGUCUCUUAAAGUGCUCCCACGGAGUAUGCAAAAGGUAAAGCUGAAAAGUGAGGUUUAAAAGGAUAAGGAAGAUUUUUUCCAUGCUUGCUUGGCUGUAUUUAUUUCUGGUUACUUUACUCUUUUGAACUUUUUCUACAAAACACAAUGAAAAUGGGGGGCGGCUAGAUGGCGCAGUGGAUAGAGCACCAGUCCUGCAGUCAGGAGUACCUGAGUUCGAAUCCGGCCUCAGACACUUGACACCUACUGGCUGUGUGACCCUGGGCAAGUCACUUAACCCCCAUUGCCCCAUAAAAAAAAAUUAAAAAAAGAAAAUGAAUAGAAAUUAUUUUUUUGAGAUACUUCUUUCAAAGUAGCUGAAAAUGUACAUAAAAACUGUGAAAAAUAUAUACUUAAGCUUAGUAACUAGCUGUGCUGUAAUUUUUUUAAACCUUUGUUUUUAAAAUAGCAUUUCAUCUCAAUACUCAUACUAAAUUAGGUUGAAUAAAGAAUUUUUAUGUUCUAUAGAUGUCCUUCCUCUUGCAGACAAAUCAUGACAAAAUACAGUAGCAUUACUAAGUCUGUAUAACCAUUAUCAAUUUUCUCACUAGUUAUAGCUCUUAACUUAAUUUUUUUAAUUGUAGCAUAUUUAUACAUAUAGUUUGAUCUAGACCUGUGAUGGGGGGGGGUUUGGGGGGAAUCUGGACUUCUGCAUUUAUCUGUAUGUAGGAAACUCCUUUCCUCUUCAUUUUGUUAAUUCAAAACAGUUUUUGUCACCAACAGCAAUUUUUUUUUUAGUUUUGUAUAAUUACUUAGAAAAUUUUGUCUUGCUGGUAAGAUGAUUAUUAUUGGAGCAAUUAAUAAUGCAAGUAAAAACCAGGCAUGCUGAGAACCUUU